GCCAUUGGCUUAAGUGAAUAUUUAAAUCCUGGCCAAUGAAAUCGCUCACUUUUCGCGCCCUGCGUUGACUAUAAAUUCAUCUGCAGCGAGUAUUUGGGUGUAGGCUGGAACGACUCUUAUAGCUUUAUUUCUACGAUGUCUGGACGCGGCAAACAGGGCGGCAAGGCGCGCGCCAAGGCCAAGACCCGCUCGUCCCGGGCCGGCCUGCAGUUCCCCGUGGGCCGCGUGCACCGGCUGCUGCGCAAGGGCAACUACUCGGAGCGGGUGGGCGCCGGCGCCCCGGUCUACCUGGCGGCCGUGCUGGAGUACCUGACGGCCGAGAUCCUGGAGCUGGCGGGCAACGCGGCCCGCGACAACAAGAAGACGCGCAUCAUCCCGCGCCACCUGCAGCUGGCCAUCCGCAACGACGAGGAGCUCAACAAGCUGCUGGGCCGCGUCACCAUCGCGCAGGGCGGCGUCCUGCCCAACAUCCAGGCCGUGCUGCUGCCCAAGAAGACCGAGAGCCACCACAAGGCCAAGGGCAAAUAAGCCGGAACCGUUUUAGAACAAAGGCUCUUUUCAGAGCCACUCACCUUCUCAGUAAAGUGCUGGCAUUCUGAAAUUUUUUAGGACUUUUACAAAUGAAAUUGAAGUCCCACUUUAAAUGUAAAUUGCCUCUGUGCAACCUCCAGAUUAUGUUAUACAGUCACGGUUUU